AUGUCGUGGAGAAUCAAAAGCACCGAAAUACGCCUAGGGCAAAAUGCCGCCAACGCCAACCAGGGGACGUCGGCAGUCGCCAUUGGUAACAAUGCCGGUAGUGCCAACCAGGGUGUCGGAGCCGUGGCCCUGGGUAAGGAUGCCGGAUGUGAAGCCCAGGGUCAACAUGCGGUCGCCAUAGGAUUCGAUGCAGCACACUACAACCAGGGCGAAUGCAGCAUUGCGAUUGGUGCAUUUGCAGCGUCCACAACAGCAGCAGCCAACGAGCAGUCUGCGUCUCACGCAAUCACCAUGAAUGCCACGGGUACGGUAUGA